UGAGCGCGGCUUUCUGGGCUAAACGCCGCUUUCCGCCGUUGGAGAAGCUGCGCGGGGUCGCUGAAUCGCACUGCGUUUGUCCGCUACCCUCCCUGUGCCAAGGGCCGCGUGUCUCUGUUGUGUUCAACCCAAAGGAAUUAUACGAUUGAAACUGCAGAUACUUAAAAUUUCUCCUUGUGAAGAGCCAAGAGCAGAUAUGGAGGUGUAGACCCCUCAGAAGGGACUUCAGUCUGAACUCUGGGAGGUAGUUUUGUGCACAAAUAAAGAAACUAAAAUACUAAGAGUCGUUAUAUCUGCAAACUGUUCACUCUCUAAAUCCACAAUGGCGUACAUUAAGUUAAAUAAUCAGUAUAGAACAUUAAAAGGUCCUGAUACAAAUCUAUUUAUUUCUGUUAAAUAUGAUAACUUUAUACUUGUAAUUAAGACACCAGGCUAAAACUGAAAUGGUCAGCUUGAUCUGUGCUGAGAAUGCCAUAGAGAGGAGCCUGGGGCUAUUCCAGGCCUCUUGCUUAAGACAGCCCAUCUUUGUCAGUGAUGGUUUACAGGAUUUAUUUAUCUUGUAGCUGAAUCAUUGAUGUAUACAGGGUUGAGGAUAAGCAGAUUUUGUAAUCUUUAUUCUGCAUGUAGUAAUAUGCAGAAAUCAAGAUUUCUUGGCAACCUAUUAGCAGCUAUAUCAGAUGGGAGAUUUUUCUUAAUGCUGUUUGAGCUUGAGAAGCAUUUAUUUUCAAACUCCCAAUGAGGUUUAUGAACUAAAGUCUUUACAGGUAUGAGCUGUGUAUUUACCAGAUCUCUAAAACAGUUUUUAAAUGAGUGUGCUCUAGUUAAAAUUGUCAAUUUGGUUGCCCCUGUUUUAGUUUCUUUAUUGAUGAAGGAUUUUGACAAACCUCCUUGAGGUUUUUUCAUUCUGGACCCCCCCCUCUACCAGCUCAGCUCAUUGACACUGUUCUCACAGAUGUACAGUGCAAGGAAAGCCUUUGAUGGUUAAUUGAGCAAGUCCUUUUGAAUGUGCUCUCUGUACAUCCUGAGGAAUUGGAAGUGGCUUUUGCACUGAAAUCAGGUGAGAACUUAGUGUUUGAAAGCUGUUAAUAAUGCAACUCAUCCUGUGCACAUGUGUGUUUGAACCUACACAUCAAAAUACUUUCAGGUUGUUGCUUUUGUAUAGGCAGGGGUUGUUCAGAAUGACCUUUCAUGCACACAACUACCUCCCAGAGGAAGACUCGUCCCAUUCUUCCCCAAAGAAUCCAUUAUGAACGUAAUGGAAGAUAGCCCUUUCUUGGCUUACAUGAUGAAGCACAGCACCCUGUGUGAUGAACUCAAGUACGACUUAUCCUGUGAGCUCUACCGAAUGUCCACGUUUUCCACUUUCCCCAUUAAUGUGCCAGUGUCAGAACGGAGCCUUGCCCGGGCCGGCUUUUAUUACACUGGUGUGAAAGAUGUAGUUAAAUGCUUCUCCUGUGGUUUAGUGUUGGCUGACUGGCAGCCAGGAGAUAACGCUCUGGAAAGGCACAGGCUCUCUGGUGCCAGCUGCAGCUUUGUUCAGAACGUGCUCUCAGUGAACAAUCUCGGACUCUCCUCUCGUUCUGCAUUUUCACCUCUGGUCACAAGCAAUUUCUCACCCCCUCUUCAUUCCCUCAACUUUACUCCAAGCUUGGAGCAAGUUGGCUAUUUCAGUGGUUCGUUUUCUAGCUUUCCUCAAGACCCCAUAACCACCAGGGCUGUUGAAGACCUGUCAUGUUUGAGAUCGAAGCUUCACAACCCUUCCAUGAGUGCAGAAGAUGUCAGACUACGCACUUUUCACUCAUGGCCCCUGACGUUUCUCUCACCAGCUGAUCUGGCAAAGGCUGGAUUUUAUUACCUGGGGACAGCAGAUAAGGUUGCUUGUUUUACCUGUGGUGGUCAACUGAAUAACUGGGAACCAAAAGAUAAUGCUCUGUCAGAGCAUCGGAGACACUUUCCUAAGUGCCCAUUUGUGGAAAGUCUUUCUCGAGAUCAACUAAACUUCAAUGUUUCCAACGUGAGCAUGCAGACCCAUGAAGCACGUGUUAAAACAUUCAUAAACUGGCCAGCUAGAAUUCCAGUUCAGCCUAAGCAGCUUGCAGAUGCUGGUUUUUACUAUGUAGGGCGCAAUGAUGAUGUCAAGUGUUUUUGCUGUGAUGGUGGAUUAAGGUGCUGGGAAUCAGGAGAUAAUCCAUGGAUUGAGCAUGCAAAGUGGUUUCCAAGAUGUGAAUAUCUGCUUCAUGUGAAAGGAAGAGAGUUUGUAAGUGAAAUUCAGGCCCGGUUCCCCCAUCUUCUUGAACAGUUGUUAUCAACCUCGGAUACAUCUGUAGAUGAAAACGCUGAUCCCCCAAUUAUUCAUUUUGAACCUGGGGAAAAUCGUUCAGAAGAUGCAAUCAUGAUGAACACGCCUGUGGUUAAAGCUGUCUUGGAGAUGGGRUUCAGUAGGAGGCUGAUAAAACAAACAGUGCAAAGUAAAAUCCUGGCUACUGGAGAGAACUACAAGACUGUUAAUGAUCUUGUGUCUGACCUCUUCACUGCUGAAGAUGAGAAGAGGGAAGAAGAGAAAGAGAGGCAGUUUGAAGAAGUGGCAUCAGAUGAUCUGUCCCUAAUCCGGAAAAAUCGCCUGGCUCUAUUCCAGCGUUUGACGUGUGUGUUUCCAAUCCUCGGGAGUCUGCUUGCAGCAAAAGUGAUCACUGAACUUGAGCAUGAUGUUAUUAAGCAAAAGACCCAGACACCACUGCAAGCAAGAGAGUUGAUAGAUACAGUCUUGGUGAAAGGAAAUGCAGCUGCCAGCAUAUUCAGAAACUGCCUGCGAGACUCUGACCCUGUGCUGUACAGAGAUUUAUUUGUGGAGAAGAGUGUGAAAUAUGUUCCCACAGAAGAUGUUUCAGGUUUACCUAUGGAAGAACAAUUAAGGAGAUUACAAGAGGAAAGAACAUGUAAAGUUUGCAUGGAUAAAGAAGUUUCCAUUGUUUUUAUUCCAUGUGGUCACUUAGUGGUGUGCAAAGAAUGCGCCCCUUCCCUUAGGAAGUGCCCCAUCUGCAGGGGGACGAUCAAGGGCACCGUGCGCACGUUCCUUUCGUGACCAAGGGAGACUGGCACUUGUGGAGCAACCUCUGCUCCUGCCAGCGUUCAGAUACUCAAGAUUAAACCACCAGUGUCUUAACAGAAAAUUGUGRUACUGCAGAUGACUUAUCAACUGCUUAGCACAGUUGUAUACUAGUAAGCUAUAUUGUCCUUAGGAAUUUUCUACACCUUCCUUGCCAAAGAGGUUUUCAGUAUGUGGAACUGACUGAGUAGUGAGGUGAAGUUUUCAGUUGUCCUUCCUAAACAGGCAAAGCAGUUCCCCGAGUGUGGCCUUAACACAGCUUGAAUAAAGUAUUUGCUGGCCGAGUUCCUGAAAUGGAGCUUGGCACCUGUCCCGAGUCCCCUCCGCACAGGGGAGGAGGUGCAGCUGAUGGGGCACUUACUGACAGUGACCUGCAGCUCCUGCCUGCUGC